GGCCCUGUGCAACCACCUUGUUCCUUGUUGUCCCCAGGCUUUAGCCAAUUUUCUUCCAUGUCCCCUUAAGGACAGAUCUCAAUGGGACAAGGGAGAGACCUUCCUGCAUGGCCAGGAGAAGAAGGAGGAUGCAAAUCCUGACAUUACACUGACCACAUGGCUAACACUGAUACCACACCCACUCAGAGCACAGCAAAUAUGAAGGCUUCUGCUCCCAACCUGGAUAUUUUUGGGGAGAGACUUGUUUCCCACCCAAAUGAACUCUCCAUGUGCCUCCACCAGGUGCCAGACUUUGUGAGGAACAUGCACCAGAGACUUGUAUCCAAUGCACCUCCAGAUGACAGGAUGUUAAUGGACAUCCUGAGGCUGACCGAGGCAUACCCCACUGAUGUCAUGGUCACCCUCCUGCGCUGCGCCCCAUCAUGUGACAGGGCUGCUACAAUCAUGUGGAGGACCAUAGCCUCAUCAGGAAUGGCAGUGGACAAGGUGUUGCCAACACUGCUCUGUGUGCUGGAGAACUGGCCACUGCACAGAGUGUCCACCUCUGAUGGGGACAAAACAAGAGUCUUUGCCCUGGCUGCAACCAGGGUGGUUUGGGAGAUUCUCCGCCUGCCCUGGUGCCCCGCACCAUUUAUGGAAUAUUCUCCCCGCCUCCUUGUGGCUCUGCUCUUCCAAGUUUUUGUCAGUACAUUAGAUAUGCCAGAGGAGGUCAACACCUUCUGGAAGGAAUGCCAGGAGCAACUCAACCUUCCCACCAGCAUCAACAGGUUUGCAGUGCAGACUGUGAGGGCACUGUUCCGCCACCUGCGGUGUCUGGAUUUACUGGUGGCAAUGGAGUGCAAGCGUGGCUGGGACACGCUGCUCUGUGCUGACACCCACCAUUAUGCCAUGGGUCUGCUGGCCAGGGAGAUGCACCAUACCUCGAACGCCUUGUGUUCCUGCAUUGCACUCCGCCUACUGGGGCUGCUCAGCAGGCAGGAACCACUUUGGGAUCUGCCUGCCCUGGCAUUCCUUGUGGAGGUCCUUGAGUGCCCUGACAUGAGGGAAUGGAGUGACAGUGCCCUGGAGAUCAUUUCAAGGCAUCUGCAAAGCAAAUCCAGGGAGCGGCGUUGCCUGGCUCUCAGAGGCCUUGUGGUUCUCAGCAAGGAUCCCUCACUGGCCGAAGGCAUCCGGAGUCUGACACAGAGCCUCAUGGGCCUACUGCAGGAUGCAGAUGCAGAGGUGGUUGUGUUGAUCCUCUCUGUAUUCCUGAAUGAGCUCCAGGACAGAGCCACCCUAAUAUCCAGUCCCACUGCCCUGCAGCUGGCUGAGGUGCUACAGCCACUCAUUGACAAAGACAACAGCCAUGUGCAGGUGCUCUCCAUUCAACUCUUCCGAGAGGUGAUGGAGCUAGUAAUGGACAACGGAAAAAAGCCCCUGAAGAAACAUGUGAGCAAGAGCCUUCUCCCACUCUUCUUCCACUGCCACGAUGAGAAUUGGUGUGUGGCAGAGGCCUCUCAGGAAGCGCUGCUUUGUGGGGCCAAAUUCCUGAAGAGGAGGAAGCUCAAGCAGCUGGUGGAGAAGGAGCAGCCAUGGAAGUUUGCUGAGGUCCUGCUGGCAGAGGACAGGAGCCGAGCGGCCGAGCACCUGCGCCGGGCCCGGCCCUACCUGCAGAGCCCACAGGAGCCCCUGCGAGAGGCGGCUGUGAGGUUCAUGGGGAUCGCAGGGCGGUACUUGAGGAAGCAGCAGGAAGAGACCCAGUUUAUCUACAAGGCCCUUCAGGACCUGACUGAUGACAUCAGCCCUGCCAUCUCGAGCUUGGCAAUUCAAACCCUGCAACUCUUAAGAGGUGUACAGAGAGCUUCAUAUUCUCCUGGUUGCAGAAGGUGCAAGACCACUUCCAGAAGGGUGGGGGAUAGGAAGCUUCCUCUGUGUGGCAGCUUGCGGACAUCUAUGAACAACUAAUCCUAGGAGCUCUGUCUGCUCAGGGCACCUGAGCUGCAAGGAAGACCUCAUCUCAGCAUGGAAAUAUGAAAUCACUGUUGUCAUGCA